UCUACUAAAUAGUACACAUACAAACGCUAAACAAUUUUAUAACAUGAUGGUUUCAAAUAAGACUGAAAUUAAUACGAGUGAUUCUGACGAGGACUUAAUGAAUAAUAUGUAUAAUGCAUUAUUUCAGUGUUUUGGGAUCAUAAUCACAGGGUAUAUGUCAGGACGAUUAGGCCUGGUUAGUCAUGCUGCUGGUAUUGGCUUGAAUAGGUUUGUAGGGACAUUUGCUCUACCGUCACUUAUCUUUGUUAAUAUGGCCGUGUUAGAAUUAUCAUCUGUAAAUUUGGUUUUUUUGGGAUCACUACUCCUGUCUAAAACUCUAGUAUUUGUAUCUGUUGCUUUAAUCACUGUAUUAGUUACAAGACCUCCAGACAUAGCUAGAGCUGCUCUAUUUGCUAUAUUCUGUACCCAGAGCAAUGAUUUUGCUAUUGGAGCACCAAUAUUUGAAGCAGUCUACAAGCAUCAGCAUAGUGAAUUUGUUCAAUACCUUUAUCUUGUAGCUCCAAUUAAUUUAAUAAUCCUAAAUCCAUUUGGUUUUGCAAUGAUGGAAUUAGGCCAAGAAUAUAAUCGCCAUGAAACUACAAGACGUUCUGCUUUGAUGGGACGAAUAUCAAGGAACAUAAUUUGUAAUCCUGUAGUAUUUAUGACAGCUCUAGGACUGAUAGCUAAUUUAGUAUUUAAUCACGACCCACCCAAAAUUAUUACAACUUUCUUAGGAACUUUUGGUAAUGCGUUUACUGCUACUGCAUUGUUUCUACUUGGUUUACGAAUGGUUGGGAACAUCGGUAAACUCAGAGGAGAAGCUUUAAUUUUACCAUUACUCCUUAUUGCUGCUAAAUUGUUAGUUUUACCAUUAGUUAUUAGAGAACUUACAAGCAUUUUCUUGGGAAAAUUUGGUACUGUAAAUGCAGAUGAUAGCCUUGCCUUUUCAAUGUUUGGAUUUUUAUAUGGAAUGAUUCCUUCUGCACCUGCAGUUUUUGUUUAUGCAUCAGCAUAUAAUCUUGAAAUGGAUUUGAUCGCUAGUUCAAUGGUUCUGUGCGUAUUCUUCUCAGCCCCAAUUAUGUUUUUAACUGCCAAGAUAAUAUCUGUGGCUAAAUUGGAUCCAUCGAAUAAUAUAACAGCUUUAAAAGGGUAUCAAUUCAAUGUCAGUAUUCUCGCCAUCCCUGCAUCUCUUUGGAUUAUCUUAGUUAUGUUAAAAAAACUAAAAAGUUUACCAUUCAAAGUAGUUUUCUGUUUAGUAAUUUCACAGGUGAUUUCAUGUACUGGGGUAUUACUAGAGUUCUUAUCAGAAACCCCAAAAUCACAUCCAUUAACAUAUGUGCAACUUAUGUUGAGUAUAGCUGGUGAUAUGAGUUGCUACAUUUGGACUGCAUGUUUAGCUUAUACUUUGCUAAUAAUGCAUAAGCCAUUUACUGAUGAAUUUCAAAAUAAAAUUAUUUACUUUUACAUGAUAAUAUCUUGGGGUGUACCAAUAUUGUUGGUUUCUGUCUUGAUGUUGACUUGCCAGCCACCAUUGUUUAUUAAAUCGGAUUUUGAUCAAAAUUAUGUGUAUGGAACUCCAGAAGCUGCAACACUCACAACAAUUCUCCUCUCAUCAAUAAUUUGUACUGUUGUUUGUUUAGUUUUGCAUCAACGCCUAAAGCAUAAAAUAAUUAGACCAAUAGUUUACUCAGAAACUAUAAAUGAUGUACAAAGUACAUCCAAACACUCUAUGGACACUCAUAGCAUUGACACUGACGAUUUAAAACGAGGCCUUCUUUAUGAUACUGAAACAAAUGUAAUGGAUAAUAAUGAAUAUAUUAAGCAUUUUCUAUUACUUAUUAUGCAAGCAGUUGCAAUGUUUGUUACAUUCUCUGUGGCCAUUUGGAGAAUAUUUGGUGAAACAAAUGGACUAUACCUUGAAUUAGCUUACUCUGAAACUUCUUUAAUGAGAGGACAGUCGAUUUUCACAUUGUUGAUUUAUGGUAUUAAUUAUCAAUCGAUUAAUAUGCCGAUUGUGCGAACAUGGAAUAAAUUUUGGUGGGGAGGAUCACCAAUUGAGUGUCCAUCGUGGGAAGAACUUCCAUAUGAUACGAGAAAAACGUGUGAUAACUUUAUGUUUAAACACAGAGAAAAGUGUUUGGCAGAAAUUACUCAUCUUACUAGAUGGAAAUUGUGGAAGUAUAAGAAGACAUUUACUGGAUCUGAGCUUGUAACAUGGUUAGUGGAGAACAAUAUUUGUUCAAGUCGAGAUGAUGCAUUAGGAUAUUCCAUAAAGUUGUGGAAUGGACAAGUACUGAGACACUUAAAUUGCACGGAACAUUUUCAGGAUGUAUCAAAUAUAUUAUACACAUUUAAUCGCCGUUAACCUUUACUACCCUUGUAUUGUUUCUGGUGGAUUAUAAAUAAUCUCCAUUAAUUAUUAUUGUGAUAAUUGACUGUUAAGAGUGAGAAUAUUUUAAUAAUAAUUUUAACUUUUAUAUGCUUGUAUUUGCCAAUAUGCUUCAAAGUUAUUGAAUGAUUUAUGUAUAUACUUAGUUAAAAAAAAAAAAUUAUCAGUUCUAGAAAAUGAAGAGGCUUGAUAAUGUGAUUAUGUUUUUAUAAUUAUCAUGAUUACCUAUUAUUUUAUAUUUAUUUUUACUAUCAAUUUAGUUGUUGACAGGCUUAAAUAUUAUUUUAUAUAUUAUAAUACAUAAAUUUAUCAUAUUUUAAAAUAAACAACUAUAUUAUUUAAAAUAUUAAAGUUAUAGUUUGCUUUGAAUAAAAA